AUGGGUAUAUGCUGUUCUUGUGGUCGAUCAAAUGAUGCAAGUAAUACUCAAUUAUUACUAGCUGAAAAUGAACGUGAGGCAAUUUCAGCUUUAUUACAAUAUUUAGAAAAUAGGUCAGAUGUUGAUUUUUUCAGUAAUGGUCCAUUAAGAGCAUUAAGUACAUUAGUUUAUUCAGAAAACAUUGAUUUGCAAAGAAGUGCAGCUUUAGCGUUUGCCGAAAUUACUGAAAAAGAUGUCCGAGAAGUUAAUAGAGAUGUAUUAGAACCGAUUUUAAUAUUAUUGCAAUCAACAGAUUCUGAAGUUCAAAGAGCUGCAUGUGGUGCAUUAGGUAAUUUAGCUGUUAAUACUGAAAAUAAAAUAUUAAUUGUUGAAAUGGGUGGUUUGGAUUCUUUAAUUAGACAAAUGAUGUCAACAAACAUUGAAGUUCAAUGUAACGCAGUUGGUUGUAUAACAAAUUUAGCUACUCAAGAUGAUAAUAAAUCAAAAAUUGCUAAAAGUGGUGCAUUAAUACCAUUAACAAAAUUGGCAAAAUCAAAAGAUAUUAGAGUACAAAGAAAUGCCACUGGUGCUUUAUUAAAUAUGACACAUUCUGGCGAAAAUCGACAAGAAUUAGUUAAUGCUGGUGCUGUGCCUGUUUUAGUUUCAUUAUUAUCAAAUGAUGAUGCUGAUGUUCAAUAUUAUUGCACAACUGCAUUAUCAAAUAUAGCUGUUGAUGAAAUUAAUAGAAAAAAAUUGGCAAGUACCGAACCAAAAUUGGUUGGUCAAUUAGUUAAUCUUAUGGAUUCACCUUCACCAAGAGUACAAUGUCAAGCUACAUUAGCAUUAAGAAAUUUAGCAUCCGAUUCAGGUUACCAAGUUGAAAUUGUUAGAGCUGGUGGUUUGCCUCAUUUAGUAAGUUUAUUAACUUGUAACCAUCAACCAUUAGUAUUGGCUGCUGUUGCAUGUAUUAGAAAUAUAUCAAUACAUCCAUUAAAUGAAGCUUUAAUUAUUGAAGCUGGUUUUUUAAAACCUUUAGUUGGUUUAUUAGAUUAUACUGAUUCAGAAGAAAUUCAAUGUCAUGCAGUUUCAACAUUAAGAAAUCUUGCUGCAAGUUCUGAAAAGAAUAGAACUGCUUUAUUAGCAGCUGGUGCUGUUGAUAAAUGUAAAGAAUUGGUUUUAAAAGUUCCAUUAUCUGUCCAAUCUGAAAUUUCGGCAUGUUUUGCUAUAUUAGCUUUAGCUGAUGAUUUAAAACCAAAAUUAUAUGAAAGUCAUAUCAUAGAUGUUUUAAUACCUUUAACAUUUAGUGAAAAUGGUGAAGUUUGUGGUAAUUCAGCUGCUGCUUUAGCUAAUUUAUGUUCAAGAGUUUCAAGUGAACAUAAACAAUAUAUUUUAAAUAAUUGGUCACAACCUAAAGAAGGUAUAUAUGGAUUUUUAAUUAGAUUUUUAGAAAGUGGAAGUGCUACAUUUGAACAUAUAUCAUUGUGGACAAUUUUACAACUUCUUGAAUCAAAUAAUGAACAAAUUAAUUUAUUAAUUAAAGAAAAUUCCUCAAUUUUAUCAGGUAUAAAAAAUCUAAGUGCAAGUCAACAACAAAUUCAACAAUCACAAAUAAACAAUCAUCAAGAUGAUCAAUAUGAAGAUCCAAAAGUUGAAUUAUUUAAUUUAACUCAACAAAUAUUACAAAUAUUAGGAUAG